AUGUUUGCAGAAAUUCCUCUACAUAAUUUUGUAGAACGUCCAACAUCCUUUAGCAAGGUAAAACUGUUUGUCGGAUUGCCUCCGUUCGACAAAUCGGCGUGCAUAGAAAAAUACAGGAUUUACAGAAUAUAUCUCAACGAGUCACAGGUCUGCGCGGGAGGUGAAGAAAAUGCGGGCAGCUGUAUUGGAGAUUCGGGAGGUCCCCUGAUGAUGCAAAAAGAUAACACUUGGUACGCUGCGGGUGUGGUGAGCUUCGGAGCAGGCUGUGGAAUGAGGGGAUUACCAGGAGUAUACACGAACAUUGCCAAGUUCCUACCAUGGAUCAAGUCUCAAAUGAUAGAAUAAGAGAAUAAUUGAAGAAAAAAUGCUGACCAUCAUGCAGACAACAUAGUCAUGAAUAUUUACACAAUAGAGUAGUUUCCUUCAACCGCAAAAAAAUGGAAAUGUUCAUUCCUCAAAAAUAUAUAUAUUUUUUAAAUA